AUGACUACGCGAUACGAAAUCCAGAUAUCGGACUUACUUGGCAGAUAUUUGGUAGCAGCCAAGGAUCUAAAAGCUGGUGAGAACAUUCUUACCGACGAGCCGUUCGUACUGGGCCCCACGUCGGACAGCGCCCUGGUGUGUUUCAACUGCUACCUGCCACUGAUCAGCAAGUUUCUUGUAUGCAAAAACUGUGCCGUCGCUCCCAUUUGUCCCGGAGAAGGAUGCCCUGAAAGUUUUCCUAAGAGAUGGCACAGCAAAUCAGAGUGCGAGUUCUUCAGAAACUUAAAACUUACGAAAAGUCUCAAUCCCAUGACGAUGGUGCAGAACGUUGGCUCCUUGCUGGUACUCCGCGCGAUUCUGAAGAAGGAUACUGACCCCCAAGCUUGGGCGGAAUUCAUGAAACUUGAGACGCAUCUUGACGAGAGAAGAAAUUCUAGUAUCUGGGAGUACAAUGACAAUACUGUUAAGUUUAUAACAACUUUGGGUUUACUCGACAACGUUCUGGACGAGAGUUUAGUACAAAAGGUGUGCGCUGCCAUCGAUGUGAAUAGUUUUGAAGUGCGUGGCCCUCCCAUACCCGUGUUGGGGUACUCGCAGCCCUUACGCGGGAUUUACUUGAAAGCGUCGCUACUCGCUCAUGACUGCGUGGGUAAUACGCAUGUGUCUAUAAAUGACAACAACGUACUCGUGUGCCACGCUAGUAUGGAUCUAAAGAAGGGAGAAACUAUUUACUAUAAUUAUACGGAUCCUUUAAAGGGUACAUCGCUUCGUCAGCAUCAUCUGCGUAUUGGUAAAUACUUCAAAUGCAACUGCGAGCGUUGUAAAGACUCCACAGAAUUGGGGACCUAUCUCAGCUCGGCGAUCUGUCCCGAAUGUAAGACCGGCUAUGUGUCCCAGAGUUCUGACCAGCAGUGGGACUGUCACGAAUGCAAGAAGAAAUUUGAACAUUCAAAAAUUUGGCACACAGUACAGUGCUGCUCUGAUAAGUUUGAUGUUAUCAACAAAAAAGACGAGAAAGAGUUGGAGGAGUACAUCAGAAACGUGUCAAAGAUAUUGGCACCCAACCAUUACCUUCUGCUGGAAGCCACUCAACGUCUAGCUGGCGUGCUACGAGACGCUAUCAACAGGGAACCGCAUCCCACCAAGAAACUGAUGCGACGGAAACUGCAGCUUUGUAAGGAACUACUACCGGUACUGGAGAAGCUCUGCCCCGGAAUAUCCAGUACGAAAGCUAUCACUUUGUACGAAAUACACGUUUCAUUGGUGCAGUUGGCGAAGAAGUUGUUCGAUAGUCGGGAGAUCACUGGCAACGGUUAUAUGGAUGAACUUAUGAAUGCUGAGAAAUAUUUGAAACGGGCUCUUGAAAUGCUGUUUAUCGAGCCGGGGAACUCCCCAGAAGGCGAGCUGUGUGCGAAGGCGCUCGAAGAGUAUAGAGCACUCAAAGCUACCAUGAACAACGUACUGGACGGCAUACACGCCGAGGGGAAAACUUAUGUACCACCGUGUGAAACAGCUCGACCUAUAACAGAGAAUUAA